GAGCGGCUGGAUGUUGUUUCAACUCGCAGUCAAUUCAACCUCCCACAUGAUGGGUGGAGGUGGCGGCUGCUGAGGGAGGCAGGGAAGUUGGGGGGGGGAAACGUUCCAUCAUUCCCCCACCCCCACUCCACUCCGAUUAAGAAGGUUGAAAAUAUUAUAUAUAUAUUUUUUUCCUUUUCAAAGAAAACAAAAGCUCAGCUGGGAAAAUAAUGACGGUGGCGAACAGCGGUGACAGCGAGAAGAGAAACUUGGUCAGCGCCGACAUGGAGAGAGAACAGGAGAUGUUUCCGGGCGCUGCGGACGGCCACUGUUCCGGCUCGAACGGGGAGGUGCAGCCCGAGACUCCGAUGGAGGCCGAGCCGCCGGCCGAAGGGGCUGGUAGCUCCGGGCAGCCCCAGCAAGUGCACCUGCGCUCGCAGCUGGACGACCUGCCCACCUCCACCAUCGCUUGCAACGUGGACGAGCGGGUGUUCGUGGACGCCUUGUACCGAGAUGACUUUGAGACACUGUUCAGGGCCUAUGACAAGAAUGUGACCUUUCAGUUUUUUAAGAGCUUCAGGCGUGUACGGAUCAACUUCAGCAACCCCAUUGCAGCAACUGAGGCCAGAAUUCAACUUCACGAAACUGAGUUUAAUGGGAAGAAAAUGAAACUAUACUUCGCACAGAUCCAGAACAAAACUUUCAGUAAAGGUAACCCACACCUGGCUCCACCACAUCCAGAAAAGCAGUUCCUCAUUUCUCCACCAGCAUCCCCUCCUGUUGGCUGGAAGCAAGCUGAAGAUGCCACUCCGGUUAUAAACUAUGACCUGCUAUAUGCAAUAUCUAAGCUGGGCCCAGGGGAGAAAUACGAACUGCAUGCAGGUACCGACACCACACCCAGCGUUGUCGUUCAUGUCUGUGAAAGUGAUCCAGAACUGGAGCAGGAACAAGAGGAAGAGGAAGGGAAAAAUCGACCUAAACCAAAAAUCAUUCAAACAAGACGGCCAGAUUAUACUGCCAGCCAUUCUAAGCAAAAGUGAACUUUACCACUUUUUUAUUUGCAUUUGGACUCCUCAUGCAGAGAGCGAUCACACUACUGAGUUAUAAUGGGGAUACUGGACAGCAAGCAAUGUAACUAGUGCAAAUGAUUGAGUCCCAAGUAUAUAACUGUAUGUGUACUGAUUGGCAGAAAGAAUGUGGGAAAUUUGUACUGUAUAAAUUGUUAUUUUCUGCUGCAAGCCUGCAUAUUAAAUUGCAAAGAUAUUAAUGAGGACAGCCAGAUAGAGCAACAGAGUAAUAAUGGUCCACAUGAAAAUGCUGUGGUUGGCACUGAACAAUUUUUGUUAGUUGUCUGUUCUACCAUUUUAGAUGUCUUUGAAUGUUUGGAAUGACUUGUUUCCUCACGGUUUUACUUCAUUUGCAUAUUAUUGCAAAAUUGCAGUUAAUCAUGUGGUGUUUAGUGGCCUGCUAUGAUAUUUAAGGUAGUCCUUUCCAGCAGAGCCGGCACUUAUGGAAUUUUGGUAUAUUCAAGACUUAAACAGGGAAGUGAACUUAAUUGCAAACAGUAGAUCUUGUGCACGUUCAUUCAACCACUUAUCAGGAUCAGUUUAAGUAUCUUUUUACUUUGAAGCUUUUAUCAGUACAGUUACAUAAAGCAUUAUCUUUUAUCAAGUGUAUCACAAAAGGGUGUGUUGAUGAUUGACACACACUCUUGUGCUUUAUCUUUCUGCAUAUCUUCUGCAACAUAGCUACCUGUCUCCAUGCGCUGAAACUAACCGUAUAUACUAAAGCACAGGUUAUUGUGUUGAAAACUUAAAAAUUCACUAACUAGCACAAGUCAUGUGAGCUGUGUUACAAUGUGCUUCACGAUGUAUCAUGCAUGAUCAAUUCCACUUUAGUUUGUCGUUUAAUGUUCGAGUUGGACUUAGGUACUUAAGCCCAUUGCAUUUUGUUUCUUCUGACUGGUUUACUUUUACAAUGGAGGACUGCAGUGCUGUGUACUAUCAGAAUGAUUAAUGUUGCUAUUAUUGGAAUGGUGUUUGCACUUCAUAAUCCAGAAUGAAGGCUAGCUCCUGGAGGUGGUUAUUGUAUGGAAUGGAGUGAAAUUUGAACUAAAAAGCUCCCUGGGUUUGGUCAUCCUUUUUUUAUUUUCUUCCCAAACCACUCCGCCUGCCAAUUUUACUUUUGAACUAGACAGCAGGUUGGGAGUAAAACGGGGCUGAGUCACAUGGCUUUAUAUAUAAGAGUAGAAAAGGAAAAUGUUUUCUGUGCAUUCAAGGGUACAAGACCUGUUAUUUAGGAAAGGAGAGAAGCAGGGAUAAGACUUGUUAAUGAUGAGUUACUGUAACCACAACCCUAAUCCAAUUCCAUAUGUACCACUACACUUUAAUAUGUUAUCCUAGGCUGAACUAUUGGUUACUUGAGCUACCCAUUGAUUAUUUGUUAACGUGACUACCUUGGGUAAAUGUGGAAGUAAAAAAUUACCGAUUUGUAAUGUCUCGUCACAGUAUACUUACCUGUGUAUGAUGUUAGAACCUUUCAAGCUGUAAGUCUAGAAGUGUAUUAUCAGUAAACUAUUAAAUUAUUGAAUUGUGCUGUACAUAUUGUUCAUAUUUGUACAGAUUGGAAUAAUUGGGCAAAUGUGGGAUGUUUACAAAUAAAUACAUUUGCUUUAAAA